CUGCCCCCGCGGUACCUCACAGCGCCGCUGGGCGGGCGCCGCCCGAUAAAAGUCUGCGUUUCCUGCGGGCUCUCGUUACUUACUUAUUUUCCAGCGCCCCCGGUGUUGGUAAAUACCCUGCGGGCCCUCCCGCGCCGUGUGGGUGGCGCGCCGAGGCACCGGGCAAGCCAAACGCUCUUCCAAGCGGGGCAGUAUGUUAUGGGCUCUUAGAGUCAGUUCUCCCUAAACCCGGCCUGAAAAGCUGCGCGCUUGUGCAUGUUCACAAGGAUGCACGAAGAAAGCAACGCUUAAGAAGACUUACAUACUUGCUAGUUCUUGUCGUCAGAUAUUUUAAUGAAGUGGAAUAUCAGUGAUAUGAAAAUUUAAAAAAAAGGUGUUUUUUAAAAAAAGCACAACCGAGAUUAGUGUCUGUUAGAAAAGAGUCGAAGCUAUUUUACUCUUUAGUUUCUAAAUGAAAGUAAAUGUUAAAUGUGUCGCAUAAUUUUCCAUCAGGGUAAAUGAGUGCGCGUAAUUUCUGUACUUGUUAUGCUCUCUUAUGUUUUAAGGUCGUGUGGAGUUUUGGAAUUUAUUUCAAAUCGGGGUGCUUUUCAAAAACUGUUCUCAAGUGGUGAUAAUGAAUUCUGCCUGUAUUUUCAAGGGCCUGGGUUUCAGCCCCCCCGCACACUCCCAUAACGACUGGAUCGGCCCCCCUGACAAGCAUUCCAAUCUGCGGCCGGUCAUCUUCUACGUGUCCCCCGAGGAGUCCCCGCUGGAGCGGCGGCUGCGGGAGGCGCGGCAGGAGGCCCAGGCCUGCGACCAGCGCUUCUGGGCGCGGCACAACCGCGCCUUCCGCCAGGAGAAAGAAGAAUUUAUUUAUUCAAGACUGAAAGCCAAGGGUCUGAAAAUGAGAGAUGAAACAGGUCAAAAAGCAACACUGAAUGCAGAAGAAAUGGCUGACUUUUACAAGGACUUUCUAAGUAAAAAUUUUAGAAAGCAUAUGCAGUAUAACAGAGAUUGGUAUAAACGUAACUUUACUAUCACAUACCUCAUGGGACAAGUAGCACUGGCAAGAGCUCUGAGGUGGCUUCGUUGGAAAAAGAAAAAUGUGGGAAGUUAAUCGCAGCUCCAUGAAGAAUACAACUCUAGCUAGGCCUGCUAUAAACUUGCUGUUUAUAGUGAUGUUCAGAAUCUGAAUGACUAAUGUAAUAAUUGUUUGAAUCUGUUUGUUAAAUUAUGUAUAUAAAAGUUGCUAUUAAUUUAUAAUCACUGUGUAGGUUUCCUUUACCUUUUAUUCCAAGAACAUUUAAAAUAUUUCUCAACCAAAACACAACUGAGAGAACUAUUAAAAGCUGUUCCUCGUUUACAUUAAAUGGAAUGGAUCACAGCUGUCACAUUUUUACCACAGAGUCAUAGCUCCUAAAUAAUAGGCGAUUGCUUAUGCUGUACCUGAACUUGGGUCAGAGAAUGAUGUCUCCACCAACUGUAUCAGUAUAUAAAGACAGAAAUGCUUCGUAUUGCAGCAGUUAUCUCUCUGGGGCAGUAGAUAUCCAUAAGUAAUGCAACAUGACUGAAGGAACAAAUUAUUUGUGAGUAUAUAUACAAUCAAUUUAGAGUGAUCCUCCUUUCAGUGUGAUUAUUUCCUAUUUUUAAUAAAGAUCUAUGGUAUUAUUUCAUACAAAUUGCUAAUGCUAUACGAUGCUCUUUGAUAAUUUUGUUUUAAUUAAAAGAAACGUGCUCCCCAUGGACCAGAGUUACUCUAGACUGUGGUUAAAGAUUGUAGCUGCUGAGCAAUAAAACAGGUGCAUUGCCAGUCGCUUAAUCUUGGUAGAAAGGGGAACUGAUAGUUGGCAUAUGGAGGAGAACAGCAUUAGUACUAAUAUGCACUGCUUUCUACUGGAUUGUUUCUUUCAAAAAAUGUGCUAUUCUCACAAGUUUCUCUGAAGCACUCACAACAACUUGACUGAGGGUGAUUUUUCUAGCCUCCAGGUAUGUAAUAUCAAUUGGAAGGAAGUUAGUUUAAGUGAAGUCUUAAAAUGUUAUGCCAUGUAUCUUUAAUUUAAAAGAAGUUCCAUUCCUUGGAAUGUUCUCCUUGUCCAUUUAUACAGUUAAAUGUUUUUUUUGGAUAGAGUACCUACUAAGAUGAUUCAGUUA